AUGGCCUCCCAACCUUCGAGAAGGGAGCGGGCCUCUAGCGAUCGGGCCCAGGCCGGCCUCGUCCCUCAACGACCCGGUCUCCAGAGUCGAACAAUUUCCGCUCCGCCCGGCGGACUAUAUAAACUCGAUUCAACUAGAGCGGCGAUGGAAGGUAGCAGUAGUGUUGGACGGACACUUGUUGAGGAGGACGAAGGUCCGACACAUGGCGGGGGUACCGCGGUCUCAUCACCCCAGGUCGGGAACGAGACGAAUCCCAAAUCAAGUUUUCCGCAUGUGAGCAUUGCUGUCGUCGGUGGAGACAAAGUUGGCAAGACGACCUUUAUCCAGAGCGCUCUAGAGAUGAAAUAUCCGCUUUCAUCCAGAUCUACAACGAAGAAGAUGUCUCUCGACGGAACGGUGUACGUUGUUCGCCUAGUGGAAGUACACACGGAUGAGGUCUCGCUCGCUAGCAAUGGAAAAUUGAGGUGGCCACUGCUGGGGAACGAUUCACCUCCCAGUGUUGACGGCGCAUUGCUAUUAUACGAUGCGGAUCGCCCUUCUGCACAUUCGGAAACGUCGAGAAUGCUAGACACCUUUGUCGCCGCUUCAGUUCCCUUCGUGCUGGUUGCUACUAACUGCGAUAAGCGGAGUCCUGAUGGACCAUUCGAGACGCCAUUUGGAAGCUAUGACAUUCACCGAACAUCUCCCGAUUCGCCUCAGAAGCAGAAGAUGUGUAUCGCUGUUAUUUUGCGCGACGUCUUUAGCCAAAGAGAUGUUAUAGCUGAGAAGUGUCCCAGUCCCCCCAGCACACACGAGUGGCAUCACACUCGCGCCCGCUCAGAAAACCCCACACCAUUGCUCGCAGGAGCCGCGGGCGGCCCCUUCAGUAGUACUCUCGAUCCAGGAGUCGAAGGGUACGGCGUCGACCGCCCUCCCACAGACUCAAAGUCGUCGCCAAACCUGGCUUCCAAUGCGCAGGGUUCACGCUAUGCCCGGAGCAAUUCGCAGCCGGUGCGACCGCAUACACCUCCUUCUCGGUUGAACCCGCAGAGACCCUCAGCCACCGCGGAUUCCUCCCCAGGUAAGGAUCAAACUCGUCAGCGUUUAAUUCAGUCAGCCUGGCGCAAUAGUGGUGGCUCCGAUGCUUUUAAUGGCUUUUUGGAGAUGCAAGAGGAAUAUGAUGGCCCACGAAGCACGCCGUCAAGCCCGGAAAGUAAGGACAAGGCAUCUAGCGAAAGUUCCACAAGCGAAAGAGGCUUCACAUUUGAUGAAUUGGUUGAUCGUCUCGUCGCCCCGCCAAUAUCAAAGCAAGACUCUAAAUUCGCGUCAAUAUUCCUCUGUCUUUAUAGGAAAUUUGCUGCCCCAGCUACCCUGCUGAACGCGUUGAUAAACCGUUUUGAGCGAAAUGAAAAAGAGAUCACGGAUCAGUUGACACGGAUUGCCGACCAAUCCAGACUGCUCAAUGUCAUUGCCCAGUGGGUUUCGGAGUAUGCCGGCGACCUGGCAUAUCCCAAGACGAGAAAGCGGAUUCUGGAUUUUGUCACAACUCUUGAGAGGAGUCACUUUUACAUGUUUGCGGCCAAGGAAAUUGGAUCAUACCUGGAAGUAAAUGCGGAGGAUGAUGAUGUUGGGUGGGCAUACAAAGAUGGGGAAGUCGAAGCUUUCGAUGAGAACGAGACGCCGGUCGAUAACCCAAUCAGGAGCUCGCCUUCUAUGUUUUUGGGUGGCUUUUCGAUUGGAAAUGACGUUGAGGACGAUGAUGACAACAACGAAGAAGAAGAAGACCCUAUAUACAGCAUGAGUGCGCUGGAUCUCAGCGAGGGCAUGCACGAUCAGCCUAUGAAGCUAUCAGCCACAUUGUCGAACCCAUCUCUCGAAAAGCCUGGCACUAUCCCAAGCCAGUCGUUUACGUUUUUGAGCAUCGACAGUGCACAGAGAGAAGCCAGCGGUAUGGAACUGAUGGGACGAAUUCCCUUGACAAAAGUGGUAUGGCGGCAGUUGAUGGAAAUCCCGGAUGAGGAUUUUGCAAAUGAGUUGACUCGCAUGGACUGGGUAAUGUUUAACACUUUCCGGCCACGAGAUCUUGUGCGCCAUGUGAGUAUCUCAGGACCGGACAAGGACAAAAUCCAAAGCUUGAAGCACGUCAACCGCAUGAUCAAGCAUUUCAACCAUGUGGCAUUCUUCGUGGCAAGUGUAAUCCUGUUGCGGGAUAAGCCAAAGCACCGGGCAAGGGCAUUGGAGAAGUUUAUGAACAUCGCUCAGAAACUUCGACGUCUGAAUAAUUAUAACUCUCUAGGAGCGGUGCUUGCUGGAAUCAAUGGGGGACCGGUUUCUCGACUCGGUCAAACUCGCGAGCUGGUUCCACCACAAAUUCACAAGGAUUUUAUGCGACUGUUGAUUCUCAUGGGCACACAGAAGAGCCACUUUGCAUAUCGCCUGGCUUGGGACAACUCCUUCUCCGAGCGCAUACCGUUCCUACCGCUCCACCGCCGCGACCUUGUUUCCGCCGAAGAGGGAAACAGGACUUUUAUCGGCGACAACCGUACGCGGAUCAACUGGCGAAAAUUCGAAGUGAUGGGCGAAGUGGUUAUUGGCCUCCAACGCAGCCAGAAGACUCCUUAUCCACACCUGCACCGGUAUGAUGAAGUUGCUAGGUUGAUUCUGGACACCAAGGUUCCAGCUGACGAUGAUGAACUGUAUGACCGCAGUAAGCAAGUUGAACCAGGCGCCGGCGGCGACCCAGGCCGCAAGAAAUUCGGCUGGCUUCGGUCGUAA